AUGAAAUGGUGAAUGCCUGGUGUUAACAAGUUUCCUUCCUUCCUUCCUUCCUUCCUUCCUUCCUUCCUUCUUCCACUUUCCCCUUUUCAAAUCUACAGCUCAUCAAGGUAGGACCAUUUGUUUUUCACUCAUCAGCACAGUCAUCAAUUCUGCAAAGAAUUCCAGAAUCUCUGGGAACAUUGAGGCUGAUUCCAUCUCUUCUUCCUCUUCCUCCUCUUCCUCUUCUCCACAGGGAUCCAUUCCAGGCACACAACACGCAUGUACAACAGAUGAUGCGGAGUUUCUCAGAGCCCUUCGGUCGGGACUUCAUGCCCAGUCUGACAGGCGGGCAUGACAGGGGCCGCGUAGCCAGGGGCCAACCCAACACUAGCAUGGCGCUACGGGAGGACCACAGGGUGAGGACUGAUGCUCUGACUGUGACACACUGACUUGGGUAGGGUGACUAGGGCCAAUGUGUUGUUAUGGUGACCCAGGUUUGGUCCCACACAUAAUAAUAAUAAUAAUAUUUAAUUUGUAAAGCGCAUUUCCCACGCUCAAUGCGCAUGACACGAGUAGCCUUGGAGUAUCGAUAUCGGCUAAACACAUACAGAUCCUGAACAGGAUAUGUCAGGUCAGGAGAGGGUUGUUGUUAGUUUGAAUCUCAAACAGGUGACUGCCUCAGUGGCUCCAGUGCCUCAGUGCCUCUAUCCUUAAGCUGGUCUUCUCACUUGGAGAGCAUUUCCCUUUGGAUUUGUUCUCCUUAGCCUGCUACCAGAUCUGUUUGUUCUAUCCUGUCAACUCCUUGUCAAUCCAAACAUUUGUUUGCACAAACAGAUCUGGGACCAGGCUAUGGUCUCUUGACUUGAGAAACAGAAACUGGCAACAAUACCUUCCAGUGCAUUGUAGAUUCUCCCCAUUCACUCGUACUCUCUUGGUGAAGGUGUGGAAUCAUAUCCCUAUCCCAGGGGUCGGUCAGUUCCUAGUACUGACCCACAAACUGUCCUCUUCAUCUGGGUCAGUGAGUGAAUGAACCCAAACACCUGCACCACCAACUCGCCCCCCCCCCAUUCCAGCGCCCAGCAUUCAAACAAACAAGAACGCUGACCAGCCUAAAGACAGAAAAAAAGGAAAGGGCUUAGGUUUACUGGGGUCGUGAUGGAAAAUGGCCAUGGACGUGUAACCGGAUCCCCCCUGCUGCCGGGUCAGGCCAGCGAUGCUGUACUGCUUAUUGAACCUCUGCUGCUGCUCUGCUGGGGCACUGGAGAGCAUGGUGGGUUGUAGAAGGGCAACCCCCUCGCCUUUCUGGACAGCUAUCUUUGGCCUGAGGAGGGUAUAUUUAGAGGAUUGUUCCACUGACACACUGCUUUCUCACUCAAACACACCAAUGCCCCAAGCUGUUGAAAAGACAAGUAAAAACAGACAUGUUUGUUUUCAUAGCUAGUUGGCCCGUGGUUAAAUGCAGCAAAUCUAAAAGGACAAACUGUACACAUUUCUCACAACAUUGGUUAUGAGUUUAUCACAAUAUAGUUCUGUUUUCACAUAGGCUUGAAUCCUGACUUGAGAUCCUCGUACAUAACGUUUUCGUGCAAAUCAUCCGUUGACAUUAAUGCAUGAUUGCCAAGUUAAGUGUGCGCAAAGUUAGGAUUCAGUGUCUUGUGUGUAGUUCAUUUUCUCUGUAAAUAUGAACAGUCCUGUUCCCCUCCUGAAUGACAGUUUCAUGACAGUUAAACACUAGUCUAUUAGCUCAGCUUUGCAAAGCAGUUAGAUACAUUUUCUAUCAGAAGGCAAAUAGACCAUGUAGGCUAGUGGGAAGGCCCCACCAAACAUUUUUUAUACCCCUACCCGAGGUAGAACGAAACACAACCAUGAUUUUUCACAUCCCUAAUGUCUCCCAUUUAUGAAAUGGAUGGUUGUGUAAAAAUAUUUUUCUGCAAAAGUGGUUAAAUUGAUAGAUAAUUUGACACACCCCCUAAACUUAAAAAGUACAGAAUAAUGCCUGGCUGAAGGGGGGUGGGCCACAGGCUCAUGUAACCCAAUAUUGCAAGCUCUGAAAUUGCUAAAAUGUUGAAUACAAGUAGUCAGUUGUCUGACAUACACAAACAAACAGCAUUAGGAUAUCGUAAUGCAUCUUGGAAAUAUAGACCUGUAAACACAGAGAUACAAUUGGUGGAAAUGUAAACUAUAAAUAUUUAUGAUGAAUGUAAGCUUUACUUUUUGCUAGCUGAUUAAAUUAUAACUUUUCAUGUCAAAUGUGCUCUCAUUCAGUUCUGUAUCAUCCUGCCUGACAUAAAUACAUACAGUUACACAUGUUUUUUGAUGUUGUGGCUGGUAUAAUUUGCUCUAAGGAAAGCAAGUGGGCUCCGACAUCGGAAUUAGAUUAGAUUUUUUCAUAAUUGUGUACAACACACGUGCACUAUAUAUUGGGGCAGGUAGCGUUCUCCUGGCAUCCGCCAAACCCAGAUUUGUCCGUCAGACUGCCAGAUGGUGAAGCGUGAUUCAUCACUCCAGAGAACGUGUUUCCACUGCUGCAGAGUCCUAUGAUGGUGAGCUUUACAUCACUCCAGCCGACACUUGGCAUUGCACAUGGUGAUCUUGUGUGCGGCUGCUCGGCCAUGGAAACCCAUUUCAUGAAGCUCCCGACAAACAGGAGAACGCUACCUGCCCCCAAUGCAAAGUGCCAACUGUAAAGUUUGGUGGAGGAGGAAUAUUGGUCUGGGGCUGUUUUUCAUGGUUUGGGCUAGGCCCCUUAACGCUACAGCAUACAAUGACAUUCAAGACGAUUCUGUUCUUCCAACUUACAUUUACAUUUACAUUUUAGUCAUUUAGCAGACGCUCUUAUCCAGAGCGACUUACAGUUAGUGCAUACAUUAUUUUAUCGAACCCACAACCCUGGCGUUGCAAACGCCAUGCUCUACCAACUGAGCUACAUCCCCUGCCGGCCAUUCCCUCCCCUACCCUGGACGACGCUGGGCCAAUUGUGCGCCGCCCCAUGGGUCUCCCGGUCGCGGCCGGCUACGACAGAGCCUGGAUUCGAACCAGUAUCUCUAGUGGCACAGCUAGCACUGCGAUGCAGUGCCUUAGACCACUGCGCCACUCGGGGCGGUUGCCAACUUUGUGGCAACAGUUUGGGGAAGGCCCUUUCCUGUUUCAGCAUGGCAAUGCCCCCGUGCACAAAGCCAGGUCCAUACAGAAAUAGUUUGUCGAGAUCGGUGUGGAAGAACUUGACUGGCCUGCACAGUGCCCUGACCUCAACCCCAUCGAACACCUUUGGGAUGAAUUGGAACGCUGACUGCGAGCCAGGCCUAAUCACCCAACAUCAGUGCCCAACCUCACUGCUGUUGUGGCUGAAUGGAAGAAAGUCCCCGCAGCAAUGUUCCAACAUCUAGUGGAAAGCCUUUCCAGAAGAGUGGAGGCUGUUAUAGAAGCAAAGGGGGGGGCCAACUCCAUAUUAAUGCCCAUGAUUUUGGAAUGAGAUGUUCGAUGAGCAGGUGUCCACAUACUUAAGUCAUGUAGUGUAUGGUGGCAAUGCACGCCAGCUCUUUCCAGGUGGCAUUUUGGCUGUUGAAUGGCCUACUGACAUGUGACAGUCCAGUUCCAUGGUGUCUCUGUAUGUAGUAACUGCCAGAGGGGAGGACUGAUGGUGGAGUGGAGCUAUCGAGGACAGUUCUGGGAGAUUCAGGAUGGCAUUGACAUUGAAGAGGUGCAAAUCCUAUCAUAUGUGAAAGCCCAGUAAGUUCAUGGCAUUUCUUAUCAAUGAGUGUCAGGUUGUGUUGGUUCAAUGUGGUGAACACCUGCCUUAUGAGCUUGUCAUCAUAUGUGGUUACAUCCUCCCCAUACCCCAUAAUGUCACCAUGUCAACAUGUACAGCAACUCCAGGGCAGACUGGGAGAUUCAGGAUGGCAUUGACAUUGGAGAGCUGCAAUUCCUAUGACAUGCGAAGGCCCACUAAGUUGAUGGCAUUUCUUGUCAAUGAGUGUCAGAUUGAUGGAGCUAACGUAAUUGCAAGAGUAGGGGCUGAACAAAUAAAAUCUACAAAGGAACCUUUGACUGAAAACAAUGAGAGUUUUCAGUGUUAGUUCUAGUUUGUUGACCAUAACAUUAAUAUGGUGACAACGAUGUAGGCUUUGUAGCGUUUAGCGGUUAUGGUAUGAAGGUUUGGCUUGGAGAGGUUUUUGCGCCUUGUCACAGACAGCUGUUGUGUUGUGCACUGGAGUCCACAAGCGAAGGGAAAAGGUGAGAGGAAGAGAGUGUGUAGAUGCGAGAACAUUAUAGAACGAGCAAAGUGAUGAUGCUGUAUGUGGCUGUUAUGAAAGUGAACUGUGUGUGCGGUUAAUCAGAGUUGUAUUCAUUGCGCCAAUUCUGUUGCAAAAUGUUUCUUAAACGGAAGCAAACAGAUCUAAACGAGGAGGGACCUACCUACAUUUGUCCAAUAGAAACUCUUGUUUUAGUUGCAAAACAGCAACCAUCAAUCAAUCAAUCAAAUGUAUUUCUAAAGCCCUUUUUACAUCAGCAGUUGUCACUAAGUGCUUAUACAGAAACCGAGCCUAAAACCCCAGAGAGCAAGCAAUGCAGAUGUAGAAGCACAUUGUGGCUAGGAAAAACUCCCUAGAAAAGCUGGAAUCUAGGAAGAAACCUAGAGAGGAACCAGACUCUGAGGGGUGGCCAGUCCUCUUCUGGCUGUGCCGGGUGAAGAUUAUAAGAGUACAUGGUCAUUAAGGCCAGAUCGUUCUUCAAGAUGUUCAAACAUUCAUAGAUGACCAGCCGGGUCAAAUAAUAAUCACAGUAGUUAUAGAGAGUGCAACAGGUCAGCACCUCAGGAGGUGCAACUGUUUGGACUAAUGAUUACACACCCCAGAUCAGCAAGAUGGAUGCAAGAGUGUGCAAGGCUGUAUUGUCACCUUGAUUACUUAAAUUUGUUUCUCGACCCGUUAUAAACGUUCAUUUUUAGGCUAGGUUGUAGCAACCUCAUGAUGGGUAUAGGGCAAAUUCGAGUGUCAUGUAGUAGCCUACUAGCCUAAACCUAUCAAUGUUACAUUGAGCUGGGUGAAUGGAAUAUGAAUGACAGUCAUCCAUUAUGCUGUAAUAGAAAUAAGGCCAUGCUCAUUAAAAAGAAUCGUCCUCCCUAAUCUUAAACAGCACUAGGGUUGCAAAGCUACCCGUAGUUUACCAAAGUUACUGGAAUCUUCAUUACUUUUGGUCUAUGGCAAUUUAUCGUAACUUUGGUCAUUUAUACUUGAAUAACUUUUUAAAAAUAUAUUCAUAUAUAUAGUAUAAAAAAAUAUAUAUUUGUGUCCAUAUUGUCCAUGAGAUUCUAGUAGAUAGACCAUAUGGUUCAAGAGAAAAUAGCCUAAUUAAUGAAAAAAGCAUCUAAUCAACAAUGGCAUUAUUUUCAAUUUUCAAUCCAAUAUUGACUUUUUUCACAACUGCUGCCACCAUUUUAAUGCAAAAACAUUGACAACAAAUGCGUACUGACAUAGUAAAAUAAAUAAAAACUGUGUAAAACAAAUACAAAGGAUAUUUCGCUGAAACCCUCAUGAAACACCAAUGGUAUUCACUAAGUUGAUGGUUUAUAUUAAGGAUAAUGUUCACAGCUUUGUCAUUCAAUUUUUUUUGUUGAAAAUCAAUAUAUUUAAGACCAGAGAGCGGGCCAGAGAUAAUUACAGACACCUGUAGAAAUCUGUAGUACCCAAAAGGGCCACUAGAUGUCUUGUGAUAUAUUACAUAAAAUCCUUGAAAGAUUCCAAAAUUCUGGUAGUUUACUAGUAAACUUAGAAAGAUUCCAGUAAUAUACCCUCCCUUUGCUACUUUAAACGGCACCAACCGCCACCGCUCAAAAUCUCAAGCCCCUUUUGAGGAUUGGCCACUAGUCUAAUGGUCAAAUUCAUUACGACAUUAAAAUGUUUUGCAACAGAUUCCGAAAAUGAGUCCAAGUUGUCUCUCCCUUUUUCAGUCCGUUUUCCUCAGUUUGGUGCCUAAUGAACAUGACCCAGAUCUGUCUAAUGGGCCUCUGCUCCCAUUUCCCCCUGAAGACACCUUCUCUCUCCCAGUUGGAAGGUCUCAUGAUGACCGGGCAGCUGCCCUGCUCUAGAAGCCCUGAGGUGCUAAACUUAGUCCCUGUGUCCCUCGCUAAUCUUGCGCCCCUCCCUGUGUGCCAAGUAUAUUUAUCCCUGGUAAUUACUUUCAACGGAUGCCAGCCUCAGCUCUCUCUCGCUGCUCGCAACCCUGUUCCUUUCUAUUAGUCCUCUCCUCUCUCUCUCUCCUCACAGAGGCAAGCACGCCGAGUGGACUCUCGUUGAGUACAGCACAGAGAGACUGUGUGCAUCCCAAAUGGCACCCUAUUCCCUAAAGUAGUGCACUACAUAGGUCAUAAGCACUACAUUAGGAAUAGGGUGCCAUUUGGGAUGCAGCUACUGUUUUAGAGAGCUUUAAAGAGCGCUACUGUAGCUAGCUAGCUCACAGUUGAAGCUGUCGUUAGUAAGAGCAUGUGUGUGGUGCACUGUGCACAGCGGUGGCUAGUUCUGUAGCAGUGGGCUGUUGUAGGGAUCUUUGAAAAACUACUGGUUGAUGCAGGGCCGGAUUAAGAAAUCAUAGGUCCCGGGGCUUUGUUUUUUUAAAUAAAAAAUUGUUUCUAUUGAUUCUACAGACAGAUUAGUCUUCUCUUUUUAGCAGUAGGCAUUUGCUUUCCAAACUGUACGUUUUCCCGCAAUUGUAUUUUAAAAUCUGAAAAAUACAAAGCGACAGCCGCAACCAACCAUAGAAAUAUAAUCCAUAUAUGGCAGUUCCCAUUCAAGUCAGGACUGGCAUCCAUUGCUAGUGUACCCAUGAGUUUAACAGUCAAAUUGCCAGGGUAAGAGGUUACAAAACCCUUCUAUGGAUGAUAUGUCUAUAGCCACAGCACAACAAGCUGUAUAUUUGGCGCGCAAGCUGCCCAAACUGCGGUCUUCCCGACUGUAGGCAUACCUCUAACUGCCAAAAUAAAGUAAACACUUGAGCAACUGAGGUUACAAAGUAUAUGUUAUGGUGCGGGGUGCAUUAUCCUGGCAGGUUUCGGUCCGCUUGGAGAAUCUAUGCCAAGGUGCAUUGGAGCUGUUCUGGCAGCUCGAGGUGGACCAACACCCUUUUUAAGACACUUUAUGUUGGUGUUUCCUUUAUUUUGGCAGAUACCUGUAUGCGCUUGUGAUAAAACUUAAUCCACUGUUAUUUUUUAUGAACUAUUGAUCCUCUGUGGCUAAAUUAUGCUCUCUGUUGUAUUUUGAACAUUGAGAGUGGGUCCUGUGGUUGGAUAACAAAUUAUUAUAAUAAUAACAAAUAAUGUUAUUUAUUUUUGGUAAUUUAUUUUUACUCUUGACCCAGCCCCUGACUCACACAAUUGACCAGUCACAUUUAUUUAAUAUGCAUUUUUAUUUUUUAUGAAUCAGUAACCCAUUCAAGGCAGGGCCCCCCCCGUUACCCACAUGGGCCCCCUACCUCCUGUCCUCUCCCCAGCUGAUGAUUAGCAGAGCGGCAGCAGCAGGCUGUCUACACUGAUUGAGAGCGGGCACCUGAGUCCUCCUGUGGUUGGCAGUUGCAGUAAAAAAAAUAUAUAGAGUGCAUUCGGAAAGUAUUCAGACCCCUUGACAUUUUACACAGUUACAUUACAUUAUAGCCGUAUUCCAAAAUGGAUUAAAUCUAAACACAAUACCUCAUAAUGACAAAGCAAAAACAGGUUUUUAGACAUCUUUGCAAAUUUAUUAAAAAUAGAAAACUGAAAUAUCACAUUUACAUAAGUACUCAGACCGUUUACUCAGUACUUUGUUGAAGCACCUUUGGCAGCGAUUACAGCCUCAAGUCUUCUUGGGUAUGACGCUACAAUCACCCAACACACCUCCAGGUUGACUGUGCCUGUAAACAGCUUGGAAAAGUCCAGAAAAGUAUGUCAUGGCUUUAGAAGCUUCUGAUAGGCUAAUUGACAUCAUUUGAGUCAAUUGGAGGUGUGCCUGGGGAUGUAUUUCAAGGCCUACCUUCAAACUCAGUGCCUCUUUGCUUGACAUCAUGGGAAAAUCAAAAGAAAUCAGCCAAGACCUCAGAAUUUUUUUUGUAGACCUCCACAAGUCUGGUUCAUCCUUGGGAGCAAUUUCCAAACGCCUGAAGGUACCACGUUCAUCUGUACAAAUAAUAGUACGCAAGUAUAAACACCAUGGGACCACGCAGCCGUCAUACCGCUCAGGAAGGAGAUGCGUUCUGUCUCUUAGAGAUGAACGUACUUUGGUGCGAAAAGUGCAAAUCAAUCCCAGAACAACAGCAAAGGACCUUGUGAAGAUGCUGGAAAAAGGGGGUAACUUGCAAGCCGAAGAACGCCAUCCCAACCGUGAUGCACGGGGGUGGCAGCAUCAUGCUGUGGGGGUGCUUUGCUGCAGGAGGGACUGGUGCACUUCACAAAAUAGAUGGCAUCAUGAGGAAGGAAAAUGAUGUGGAUAUAUUGAAGCAACAUCUCAAGACAUCAGUCAGGAAGUUAAAGCUUGGUUAAAGCUAAAUGGGUCUUCCAAAUGGAUAAUGACCCCAAACAUACUUCCAAAGUUGUGGCAAAAUGGCUUAAGGACAACAAAGUAAAAGUAUUGGAGUGGCCAUCACAAAGCCCUGACCUCAAUCCUAUAGAACAUUUGUGGGCAGAACUGAAAAAGCGUAUCCGAGCAAGGAGGCCUACAAACCUGACUCAGUUACACCAGGUCUGUCAGGAGGAAUGGGCCAAAAUUCACCCAACUUAUUGUGGGAAGCUUGUGGAAGGCUAACCAAAACGUUUGACCCAAGUUAAACAAUUUAAAGGCAAUGCUACCAAAUACUAAUGUAUGUACAUUUCUGACCCACUGGGAAUGUGAUGAAAGAAAUAAAAGCUGAAAUAAAUCACUCUCUACUAUUAUUCUGACAUUUCACAUUCUUAAAAUAAAGUGGUAAUCCUAACUGACCUAAGAUAGGGAAUUUCUACUAGGAUUAAAUGUCAGGAAUUGUGAAAAACUGAGUUUAAAUGUAUUUGGCUAAGGUGUAUGUAAACUUCUGACUUCAACUGUGUGUGUAUGUAUGUAUGUAUGUAUGUAUGUAUGUAUGUAUGUAUGUAUGUAUGUAUGUAUGUAUACAAUAUAUAAUUCCUUUAUAAUAUUUGUUUGAAAAACAAAAUGCUUCUUCUUGGGCCCCCUUCUUGGGCACGCUUCCAUCUGCUUGGCAAGCGUGCUCUGGCACCCACUGCAGAAGGCUUAUCAGCUAUGACAGAUAUUAUUGCUCCCCUACCGAUCUCAAGUAUCAGGCAUGCUUUAGUGAAUCCACCCCCUGUAUCAGAUACAUGCAUACACGAGCACACACACACACACAUCAGCAAACGCACGGACGCAUUCACAUACGCGAACACACACACAACACACACACACCACACACAUGAGCAACACACGCACACACACACACACACACAUUCACGGCAUCGUUGAAGAAAAGCUGCUGCUUUUAUUGGCAGUUUGCUGAGCAUUCGAUCCACCCAGUCUGUGAAUAUGUUCCGUCUUCCCUCAAAGGUUGUUUGGGAUAUCACAUUUCCUUCCCUUCCUUCAUACACAACUACUUGCUUACUUGAUAUCACCUUUCAUAAAAUACAUUGGAUUCAGAGGAGUUUGUUUCAUUUCAGUUCACUUUAUUUAUGUGUUUUGAUUAUAAAAGGAAAUGGGCACUUUGUCGCUAAAGUUAGGCCUGCUCUCUGUAUCAUUAAUCUGCUGACCAGUUAAAAAAUGUUUGGGGUGGCAUCUUUAGCCUCCCCAGUGGUCACUAACAGUUCCUAGAACCCAUGCCUUCCCAGCUCGCCUAUCCCUCCUAUCCCUGAGAGCUGAAAUAAAAGCCCAAUGCCCUGGCCUCAGUGUGACUCAUAGCUCCCCUUUGAACAGCGAGAACGGGGAAUAGUGUAAGACGCGAUGCCAUGACAGGCUGUGAGGGGGGGAAAGGGACCAUGAGCUCAAAUAAUCUAGCAGUAGCACAGCCGUCCCCAAAAUAAUGUGUUAAAGCCCCUCCGAGUCCAUGCUCUACAUUUUGCACUCUCAACCUCUGCCACCGUCUAAAAAUAUGCCCGCCACGGGAGUGUAAUUGGCAUUUAUUUGUUCAUAGAUGCCAUUCAGAGAUAUAAUUGGCCCGUCGUGCUACGUACACGCCUGUCAGGGGCAGCGAGGAGCGUUUUACAUCACUGUGACCUUUGGAAAAGAGCUGAGCGAGCAGCCGAGAUAGACCCAGACUCUUCGCCCCCCGCCCGCCCGUUGGGUCCUUGCAGGGUUUCUCAGAACGAGGAUCUGUUUUCAGUGUUAAACCCCCUGUAAUCCAUGGCAACAGGUCCCAAUUACACGGAGAGCAGAGCUCUCUCAACACUCUCUCAAGGCUGAGCUCCAGCCUUCAGCCCAACCUCUCUCUCUCUCUCUCUCUCUCUCUCUGGUGUCUGUGUCCACAUACGGUGCCCCUUGCCUGGGUUGGGGUGUUUGGGAUGCCUGCCCAGGUCUCCAGGAGUUAUAAACACCCUGGGGUAGAGAAUCAGGGGAGCAGCGGCUAAGACUGAAAGAGAGUCUUUCUCCUAAUUUGCACAUUCAGCAGGUUCAAGGCCCUAUGGAAAUGUGGGAAGGGCUCAGGUUCUGAUUCACAGUGUAAUAUAACUAGAGAACAAAGCUAAAGAGUCUAUAGACUACAUACUGAGAACAAACUGAAUACAUUUGUAAAGAUGGCCACUAUUUUGUGUUUAUGAGCCUGCCUGCCUCAGUGGUGCUUUGUCAGGCUUCUUUGUGCGUGCGUGUGUGUGUGCGUGUGCGUGUGUGUGUGUUGCUGCUGCUCUGCACGCUAUGUUCAUUCUGUAUUGUACUGCUUUUCAGGGGAUGAGCCAGUCGCUUUCGCCUUUCAGCAGUGUUGAUAGCACGGUUAGUAAGGCAGACUGCUCAAAUGCUAUGAUGCAGCACGAUUCCUUGUUUCAUCCCCAAACUGACCAUUAGCACGUACUAACCCCCUCACUUACACUAUGUCUUUAUAGACACACACAGCAAGUUUGAAACUAGCUGAAUUUAUCGUAAUACCAUAAUAUCGGUUUGAUUGUGAAUCUGAGCAAAGGCCACAUUCACAGUGCACGUGUGAUGUCAAAUUGGUAAGAUGUGAGAGUAUGCAUGUGUUUACCCCAUACCAAGUGUAUGUGUAGGCUUACUAGGCUACAUGUGGGUAUGUGUGCGUGCGAUCAGUAUCAGUGGCCUGGUUGUUUACGAGCUGCUUGACCCCUCCCGUCGAGGGUGUUGGGUCGAAUAUUAUGGCUGGCUGGUACCUAUGGUGGCUCAGCCUAGCACUCUAGCUCACUCUAGCAGACCUAGGAGACCUGUGGUUAGUUACUGUAACUUACACUCCACUACAAGAGAGACUAGGAUCAUGUGGUUGGGUCGAGUCUUGUAAAACAGUCAAAGAGCUCUAUUUAGCCAAUGACAGGCACAGGAUGUUGAUUUAAAGCCCUAUUGGCUCUGGUAAAAAAAAGUUCUGCACUAUAAAGGGGAUAGGGUGCCGUUAAGGACACAGCCUAAAGCUACAUUAACUUAUCAGUGUGAUUCUUGCAGUUGUGAUGUGUUUUUCCACAUCACAAAGGUUGCAUAUGCCCAACUAAUGCACGCUACUUAAACAUAUCUGUCCACUGAAGUGACAACAUGUCAAUGGAAAGUAAACAAGGAGAAUUUAGAGUAGUGUAUCUCUGAAGAAUGGAUUUUUGAAAGAUUUCCAAUACAGUUAGCCUACAUUUCUAAAUAGAUUUCAACAAACUAGAUGAUGAUAUAAUUGUUAUGCUAGUGCAGCAUGGGGUGAAUCCUUACUUUAGCUUAAGUCAAGCUUUCACACAGUCAUGUAUUGAUGUCAAUGGGAAAAUAAGUGAAAAUUCGACUUGAGUGAAGGUUUUGCCCCUAUAAUGGCACAGCGUGGAUGGAGGUUUUAUAUAGGAUAGUAUAUGGAUGUCUGUUGUAAUGGUGGGAUGGACCAUAAAGUUAGUUCUGAAUGGCCAUUGUUCUUGUUCUCUCUGCAGGACAUGGAGUUGAGGAACCCAUUCAGUAUGUUGGACAGCAUGAUGUUCGGCGUGAGGAACAGGAUGGAGGACAUGCACAGAAACUUUGUGGGUCACGUUGUGUCUCUUCUAAUACCCCACACAGCCCAUACAAAUAGAAUUACUAGAAGGGGCAUAGUAUUAAUUAAUUAAUUAAUUAUAUUUCUAUGACAGACUUUGUUCAUCAUUGUUUUAGCAUGUGUGUUCUACAUGGCUUUAUACUCACGUCAAUCUGUGUGUGUGUGUGUGUGUGUGUGUGUGUGUGUGUGUGUGUUGUUUUCCAGGAGAACCUGUCCACAGACUUGAACGCCAACACCAACGCCCACUCAUUCAGCUCCUCCUCAGUGAUGACCUACUCCAAGGUUGGAGACGAACCCCCCAAGGUGUUCCAGGCCUCCUCCCAGACACGGCGCGCCCCUGGCGGGGUACGUACACUCAAAUAUGGCCAGAGAUAAUGCUGAGAGGCUGGGGGAGGUCUCUCUAAGCUGGUAAUGCACUGAACACUAAGGGAAAGGUCCUUUAUGAGAACUGCAAGAGCACAGAGCCAUAUAGAGAGUAUAUGAAGAGUUGAGUUCCAAAACGCUAUACUGUAUCCAUUUUCAGAAAUGUUGGUAAAUUAGCUUUUAUUGUUUAAAUAAAUUAUUUAUGUUUUUUCACUAUCUAAUCAUGGCAUGGGGUUGUUCAAUAACAGACAUGUAUUUGUUUAGAAAUCGAUCACUUUAUGGUUUCAUUUCAGAUAUUUUUUUUGCAAAAUGCUAUAUAUUUCUCUCAGAGAAAUAAGUAGUACUGCUAGGUUUUACACAGUCAAAUGUUACAAAUACUUUUUUUGUAUAUAAAGAACUGUACAAAUGUGAAAUUUGGAACACUCAUUUUUUCUUUUUACAAAUGAUUAAAUACAGUAAUAUGAGAUCUUUAUGUAAAACAUUUACAUUUGACAUUUUAGCCAUUUAGCAGAUGCUCUCAUCCAGAGCAACUUAAAAGUAAGUGCAUUCAUUUUAAGAUAGCUAGGUGAGACAACCACAUAUCACAGUCAAAUAUACAGGAUACGAACAUUCCAUUCCAGCUGAGUGUACAAAACAUUAAGAACACCUUCCUAAUAUGUAAUACUGUUGAGCGUGAAAAACCCAGCAGCGUUGCAGUUCUUGACACACUCAAACUGGUGCGCCUGGCACCUACUACCAUACCCCGUUCAAAGGCACUCAAAUAUUUUGUCUUGCCCAUUCACCUUCUGAAUGGCACACAUACACAAUCCAUGUCUCAAUUGUCUCAAGGCUUGAAAAUGAUUCUUUAACCUGUCUCCUCCCCUUCAUCUACACUGAUUGCAGUGGAUUUAACAGGUGACAUCAAUAAGAGAUCAUAGCUUUCACCUGAAAUCUAUGAAUUAAAGAUCUGUAUAAUAUUGUACACACACAUGAAGGUACCCAUAAGCAAUCAUUUCAGAUGUGUUUUGGAAAUAAACUCUUCAUAUAGAGUUAGGCCUUUUGGUUUCAGUUUUUUUAAGCAUUUACACGAAAAUAACAUCUGGCAAAACUAUAUGUCUGACACAGCAAGAGUUUCUGACGCUGGCUUUCUCAGUCCUUAUUGGCCGUUGCCUCUUUGGUAACUCAUUCCGAUUGGCUGUCCCCGUGUCUAGGUUAAGGAGACUCGGCAGUCCCUGAAGGACUCAGAGAGCGGCCUGGAGAAGAUGUCCAUUGGACACCACAUCCAGGACCGAGGACAUGUGGUGGAGAAAAAACAGAACAAGAAGACAGGGGAACGGGAGCUCAACCAGGACUUCCAGAAUCUGGAUGAAUGUAAGUCAGCUGUAGUGUAAGGGGGUCCGCAUCCCAAAAAAACCCAAAGGGUAACACUUUACUUUAACCCUGCAGGUAAUAUGCAUUAUGAUGUGGUUAUAGUGAAUUGUAAGACAUGUUGUAAGAAUGUAUCACCCCCUUAUGUCUUAUCAUCUCAUAAUGAUCCUUACUUGAGUCCGUUGAAAAUGUACUAUAUAAAGAGACAUAACAUAUUAUAAGCCUUAUAAUAAAACAUUACAAAGGCGCAUAAAUGCUUAUAACAAGUAAUAACACAUUAUACUUGCGGUCUUUAAGUAAAGUGUUACCAAAAAUGUAAUAAAAGUGUUUUUUAUGAUGCUUUGAUCAUUAUUUUAAGGCAUGUAGGCUAUAAUCAGUGUUCGAUGAAUAGUCAUAAACAAAGACAUAGAAUUUACUAUCAGAGGACUCUCCUCUCCCAGCUCUGUUUGGGGUUUGGAGUCUGAGACAUUCCAUAGACCACAGUUAUGUUCCUAUCUCAGAAAAAAUAAGGUAUUCAGAUUCCAUGGAACUGCCCCUCGCCAGGCUCAUCACAGCAUCCCACAGAGUGAUACAUAAACUGUUCCUAACCCCUGACCUCUGCCCUUUACACUCAUAGCCGAGGCGCAGUCCUUUGACGAAGAGUGGCAGCAAGAGGUGUCUAAAUUCCGACCAUUUGCCCCCAUGUCCCGUCUGGAGGCCCCCAAGCCCAGGGCGGUGCACCGGGCAGCCCUCACCGCCGCCAGCGGCCCUGACCAGGGACGGAGGUCAGUCAUCAUGUGUCAUAGGUCAUAUAAUGACACGUAGGACAGGUCCGCUCGAGGAGGAGUGGCCGUAAACCAAAACAAACCAUUUCUGGAUGCUACAUCACUUUGAAUUUAGGUUAUGAUUGGAAUGUCAAGUAUUAUACUAUGGUUGAUAAACGGUUUAUUGAAAUGUAGGUUGAUGAAUAAAUGAUUUAUGUCUGCUUUGUCGUUUUCCCCCUCAGGGACAAACCAAACCCAAAACCUGAAGGAAGGAAAAUGCACAUCGACGAUCUCAACGUCAAAGGCUCAGGCAUGACGAAGCAGUAG